AUGUCCCUUAGCAUUAGCCAGGCGUGUCGUGUCAUGGGGUUUACCGCACCGCCUGUAGACAAGCGGACGCUGAAGUGGCGCUACAUUGAGCUGGCAAAGAAGCAUCACCCCGAUCAAAGUGGCCCGGCGGCGUCGGCGGAUCGCAUGGCAAGUGUAACUGAGGCAUACAAGACCCUACAGCAGCUGUUGGCUAACGCACAACAAGGGCGAGGCACACUGCGUGCACGUCAACACAGUGGCGAUACGAGGAGCAACAGCAGCGGCCAGGACGGCAUGCAUGUGGAGGCGGCCUCGUUUGUCGCUCCUGGUGUGGCCCUAAGCACGUCUGGAUGGACGCUUCCAUGGCAACGCAGCCGCACAACGUCGUCGUGCCGCGAACAGGAACGGCAGCUACGCGAGGAUGCAUCCUCAAUUUUUGAUUUUUUACGGCGUAUUCGGGCAAUGGAACGGGAAGAGGCUGCUCUUGCGGAACGUAUGAAGUCGGAGCUGAAGGCCUCUGAAGGAUCCCAUGGAUUUACGGUGGAGCACUUUGGGGAAGUUUGGCGGAUGCAGCAACGGAGUGCGCCGUGGACUCGACGACGACACUCCCGUCUACACCUCAUCUGGAAGUAUCAGUGGGAGCGUCUUGCAGGAGCCCCAAAGCGCUGCUGGGAUGCCAUUCUAUAUGUCAUAUUUGGGCACUAA